AUGGCUGCAAGAGCCCCUAUCCGCCUGCGUGUCGCCCACCAGAAGGCCUACCUGUGGGACCUCGAGGGUGAGCUCGCCUACGUCCUCAUCCUCAUCAACAUCCAGUACCUGCGCGUGCAGCACCACAUCUGCGGCUCGCUCCAGGGCACCCUCCCGCAGGUGACGCAGCAGAACGUCUUUCUCGGCCUCCCGCUCGUCCUCCUCCCCGAAGAAGUCGUCCUCCUCGUCCGCAACAACCUCGCCGUCCUCGUGCACGACUCGGCCGCCCACCUCCCGCCGACCCCGGCGCAAGCCGCGUCGUACGCCGCGUCGCGCUCGAGCGCCAUCACGGCGCAGCGCGAGGCGUCGCUCGCGAGCGAGGCCGAGCGCAAGGCGCUCCACGAGGCCAAGAACGCCGACCUCAUUGCGGCAAAGCGCCGCGCAAAGGAGGACCGGCGCAGGGCGCAGGCCGCAAAGGAACUCGAGGACAAGGGCGCCAUGGCCGAGGGGGACGGGCGGAUCGAGGUGAGCGUGCCGCCGCUGCGCGAGGGCGAGACGACGACGGGUCCUCCAUCCGCCGCCGCCGCCGCACCUGCACCGUCCACGCCGCUACCCGCGCCUCCCGCACCCACCUCUCGCGACCUGUCGACCGUCGCCUACACGAUCAUCAUCGAGCCGCGCUCGUCGUCCCUCGCGUGGUACGACCCGUCGCUCGCCUCGGCGACCUACUCGACGCUCGACGCGGCGGCCGCCGCAGGCGUGUGGAGCUACCCGCAGACGCCGCUCCAGGAGGCGAGGUGCAGGGUGUUUGAGGACCUGUGGCGCAGGGGCCACUACAUGGGCGGCGGCUUGCGGUUCGGAGGCGACUUUCUCGUGUACCCUGGCGACCCGCUGCGGUACCACUCGCACUUUACGCUCACGGUCCUCUCGACGCCGACGACGGCCAUCAUGCCGCUCGACCUCGUCGCGUACGGCCGCCUCGCGACGGGCGUCAAAAAGGCCCACUUGCUCGCGAGCUGGGAGGACGCAGAGGCGCCGCAAGGGGGCGAGGGCAGGGCGCUGUACGUCAGCCUCGAGUGGGCCGCGUUUGGUUGAGCGCCGAGGGAGUUUCGCAAUGCCGAGCUCGUUCUCCCUCUC